AUGGCCCCGAAAAGGGGCGGCGGCAAUCGAGGAAAAUCGAACAACCAACCUCCCCAAGAAAUCUCCAUUGCUGAUUUCGUCGCCGGCGAUUCCAAAAAUGCGAAGGGCAAAGCUAAGGGAAAGACUGGGGGCGACCAGCCUGGGGAUGCUGCGGAGCAGCCAAAAAAGCCCACGGUUAAAGCCAUUAUAGGAGGGGCCUCCUGGACGGGAAAACUGCCAGUCAACAUGCUCUCUGAACACUGUCAGAAGCAGAAAUGGGAGAAACCAGAUUAUACAAUGUUCAAAUCCCCAGACGGUUUUAUAUCAAGCGUCAUUCUAAAGAAAGUCAACCCCAAGACCAAAGAGACCACCACGCUUCCUGCAAUGCGCCCACCUCCCGCCCACGCGAAACUAGCCGCUCAGCCCACUGCACUUGAGGCGCGGCACUUUGCGGCCGCCUACACGCUGUUUCGCGUGUGCAAUAUGCAGAAUCUACACAUGAUGAUGCCUCCAACCUACCGCGACUUGUGGAAAAAGGAAUUCGCUGAACUCAAGACGGAAGAUGUGAAAGACGGUAAAAAGUGGAUGUAUGAGGCCGAUCCCUUUGUUGCAUUGCAAGAACGUCAAAACUCCGCAGCCGAUGCUGCGAAACGGAAAUCGGAGCAAAAUAACAAGAGUAAGACGAAAGAAAAUGCGCCAUCGGUUCGAUUGGCUUCGGGCGGUGGGAACGAACAUGCACAUCGUAUUAAUUGGAAUAAAGCAAGUAGAAUUGAGAUGGGGGAGAAGAUACGGAGGAAGAUUGAAGAUCUCGUCCGCCAAAGUGCCCUCUGGAACCCAUAUAAUGUUCGCAUACCCGAUUCUGAAAGAGCAGGCUUGCUAGAAAAACUCAGCAGUUUAGGCUUUCGAAAAAUUCACGUUGAAGAAGCUCUGGAGGUGUGUAAGGAUGGGGAAGAGGCAUUAGAAUGGCUGCUGAUACAUGUUCCGGAAGACGACCUUCCGAAAUGGAGUCUGCCGGAAAGGUAUUCUGCUGGCAUAAGCCUUGCCAGUGGUGAUCUGGCUAGAGAAUCUAAAAUUAAACGGUUGGCCAUGGCUGGUUACUCUACUGAUCUGUGCGCCAAAGUUCUCAGUGAUAAUAAUGAUGAUGACCUUAAAGCCGCGGAAUGCCUUCAGGAUCUUUUAAUUGGUGAUUCUCUGCAAGCUAAUCCGCUAUCCGAUAGUGAGGGAGACAUAUGGGAGGAAGAAAGCCACACCCUGGAAGCAAUAUAUGGGGAUAGGUUUCAAAAACUGAGCAAAAGUCGGUGCGAGAUCGUAUCAGAUCAAUUACAUUCGCAGUAUGACGUAACCUAUCACUUUCAGAGGCCUGUUUCCUGGUCAUAUCCAGCUCGCCCCUUGAUUCUUUCCAUAUCAUCCAAGGGUAUACCGGCAUAUAUCCGGCUCAACGCGAUUAGGAAAGCUAUAGAGUACGCCAAUGACAAUCUACUUGGAGGCCCCAUGGUCUUUAAUCUGGUGGAUUGGUUGGACGAGAACAUCCCUUGCAUCCUGGAGAACCCCGGAAAACUUCGAGCGAUCUCGAUCGAAUCUCAAUCUGAAACGAUCAAUGAGUUCCCUGAUCUGACUGGUCCAAAUCGGGCCCGAAGAACCCCUCACCGGGUCGGAUCGAAAUCCAGAUCUACGGAGAACGCCGAAUUUCUUAGGCGAUGGGAAUCAAAGCAAGAAAGCCCCGAGCAAAAGAAAAUGAUUGGUGCCAGAAAAUGCCUUCCAGCUUGGAACACCCAAGCCGCAAUACUGGAAGCAGUAAAUGCUCAUCAAGUGACAAUCAUAUCUGGAGAAACUGGAAGCGGCAAAAGCACACAGUCGGUCCAGUUUCUACUUGACGACUUGAUAUGUCGAGGUCUUGGAUCGGUGGCCAACAUUGUCUGCACACAACCCAGGCGCAUCUCAGCGCUUGGCCUUGCUGACCGAGUCAGUGCCGAACGCUGCUCCACUGUUGGCGACGAGGUUGGAUAUAUCAUUCGGGGGGACAGCAAAUUUAGACAAGGUCUUACCAAGAUCACGUUCAUGACAACUGGUGUGUUGUUGCGGCGAAUGCAGGUGGGUGGCGAUAGUCUUGAAGAGUCUCUGGCCGACAUCACUCAUGUGGUGGUCGAUGAAGUGCAUGAGCGCAGUCUAGAUACGGAUAUCCUAUUGGCAGUUUUGAAAGAAGCACUGAAAUUUAGAAAGGAUCUCAAACUCAUACUUAUGAGUGCCACACUGGACUCGGAUCUUUUUGUACAGUACUUUGGCGGCGAGAGGCAGGUUGGCCGGGUGGAUAUUGCUGGGCGAACGUUUCCGGUUGAGGAUGUUUAUAUUGACCAAGUUAUGCAGUUAACGGGUUUUAACCCAGAAGGAGUGCCGACUAGCUGGGACGAAACUUCAUUCGCUGAGCCGGCCGACGCGUCUUUAGGGAAGUCCAUUCAAAGGCUUGGAAAGGGGAUCAAUUACGAUCUGAUUGCGGCUACCGUUCGUCACAUUGAUGCCCGUCUACAUGGCAAGCCAGGGGGCAUCUUGGUCUUCUUACCUGGUACAAUGGAGAUAGACCGUUGUCUGGGGGCUAUGAAAGACUUACCUUUCGCGCACCUGCUGCCCCUGCAUGCGUCUCUCACGCCGAAUGAGCAGAGAAAGGUAUUUUUAGCGGCUCCUAGUGGAAAACGAAAGGUAAUUGCGGCCACAAAUGUAGCCGAAACAUCGAUUACGAUUGAAGACGUUGUCGCGGUCAUCGACACUGGGCGAGUAAAGGAAACGCGGUACAGCGCGGCGGAUAAUAUUGUUCGUCUCGAGGAGACGUGGGCGUCUCAGGCGGCUUGCAAACAACGUCGAGGCCGAGCGGGACGGGUUACCAGUGGUACUUGCUACAAGCUGUACACUCGAAAUGCCGAAACGAAUAUGGCGGCUCGACCUGCACCCGAGAUCAAACGGGUUCCGUUGGAGCAGCUUUGCUUGUCCGUCAAGGCCAUGCGAGGGAUAGACGACGUUGCUGGGUUCCUCAUGACCACACUGACACCUCCCGAUACGGCGGCAGUACAUGGUGCUCUGGGCGUGCUGCAUCGCAUUGGCGCUCUGGAUAACAACCAAUUAACGGUGCUCGGCCGAUACCUCUCGAUAAUUCCAGCGGACCUGCGUUGUGCCAAGCUGAUGGUAUAUGGUGCGAUCUUCGGAUGUCUGGAAGCGUGCUUAUCGAUAGCCGCCAUCCUCACGGUGAAGAGCCCCUUUCUGUCGCCGAAGGACAAGCGGGAUGCAGCGCGGAGUGCAAGGGCCAGUUUUUCGACGGGAGACGGCGAUCUCCUGAUAGACUUGGCAGCAUACCAGCAGUGGCUGGAGCGGGGUAAGUCGCAGGGCUAUCGAAAGACGGCAUCGUGGUGCAGCGACAAUUUCCUCGCCCCGCAAACGUUGCGUGACAUCUCGUCGAACCGCGCGCAGCUGCUGAGUUCGCUGAAGGACGUGGGGAUUCUGCCGGUGGACUACCAGGACGGGGACGAAGGGUCGGAGCGGCGGUGGAACCGGCACAAGCAGAACACGCAGCUGCUCCGGGCGUUGAUUGCGGGGGCGUUCAAUCCUCAGGUUGUCUCGAUCCAGUUUCCGGACAAGAAAUUUGCCGCGUCGAUGACGGGCACGAUCGAGGUGGACCCGGAAGCGCGCACGAUCAAGUAUUUCAACGAGGAGAACGGGCGGGUGUUUGUGCACCCGAGCUCGGCGCUGUUCGACGCGCAAGGGUUCUCUGGGGCGGCGGCGUACGUGAGCUAUUUCUCGAAGCUGGCGACGAGCAAGGUGUUUAUCCGCGACCUGACCCCUUUCAAUGCAUACGCGCUCCUUCUGUUCGCCGGGCCCAUCACGCUGGACGGGCACGGGCGUGGGCUGGUGGUGGACGAGUGGCUGCCGCUCCGGGGCUGGGCGAGAAUCGGGGUGCUGGCGUCGCGGCUGCGGAUGAUGCUGGACCGGGCGCUUGCGCGGCGGCUGGAGCGACCGGCGCAGGAGCUGGGCGACGACGCGGUGGUGGAGGCGGUGCGGCACCUGGUGCUGCUCAACGGGCAGGACCAGUAG